AUGACAGAUUAUCAAUCUACACCUGUUUUGACUGGGAAGUGUAGACAUAAAAACGGAGCUGCCCUUGAGUGUCGGGAGGUAAAUCCAGACUCCCCCAAAUUCGUAAGCAGCCGACCACCCGAGCACGUCAUUUUGCCCCUGUCCUUCAACCUCACCUUCUCUUUCAUUGGACCUCCAAUUGACGAUAGCGACCUCGGGAGUAUUUCGCUGACUGACAAAUUCAUCAUGCAAGCAGUAAGUUUAUGUCCGUGUGAAUCAGGCCUUACCAACCGGUUGUCUUUGGCAACAUUUGAAGCUCCAGAGCCUUCGGUCUUUGAAAUCUUACAUAAUCACCGGCGCAAGCGUCAUCACAUAAAAAACCCGCUGCCCCUCCAUUCUAACCGCUUCCCUCUAGUUCAAAUCUCCCGCUUUCAAGAACAUCUCCGGAUCUUUCAAUCGCUCCUUCCGCACUUUCACCACAUCUCCCAUCUCCCGCUUCACACCUUCUCCUCUCAAGAUGGCCGUCACCAAGCUCACCACGUAAGUCCCGACUCGACCUUAGCAAUGCACCAGCGGGGUCAAAAAACAAAGCAACCAGAAACAAAAACACAAAAACACAACCGUUCUCUUCUAACACCUUUCAGUGCCGCCGAGUACACCGAAAAGGUGACCAACGCCCAGGGCCCUGUUGUCGUUGACUUCUUCGCCACCUGGUGCGGUCCCUGCAAGGCCAUUAGCCCCGCCCUCGAGCAGAUGAGCAAGGACAACACCGGCGUCUCUUUCUACAAGGUUGACGUUGACGAGCUCGCCUCGGUUGCCGCCGAGAACGGUGUCAGCGCCAUGCCUACCUUCCACUUCUACAAGAACGGCCAACGUUCCAAGGAGGUCAAGGGUGCCAACCCCCCCGCCAUCAAGGCUGCCCUCGAGGAGAUCCUGUAG